AUGAGAGGCAAUCCCAGAGACUCACCCGAAAUCCGAGUCAGCAAGACGUUGUCGUGGAUUCUCAGACACGGUGCACAGUCCGAGAAGAUUGAGAUGCGUCCUGACGGCUAUGUAAGAGUAUCCGACAUCGUGAGCUUUGCAAUCAUAUCCUCCAAAUUCCAGGGCGUGGAUUUCGAGACGGUAGAAAAUAUUGUGAAGAACAAUGACAAACAGAGAUACAAGAUGGUGAAGGAACCGGAUCCCAAGUCCCCGACGAACGAAGAGGUAUGGUGGAUACGAGCGAACCAGGGUCACUCCAUCAAGACAGUGGCAGUUGAUAUGAAGCGCAUUACGUCGGCAUGGGACAUACCCACCGGUAUCGCUGUGCAUGGAACGACUCUUGAAGCAUGGUCGCUGAUAGCUCAGAAGGGAUUAUCGAAGAUGAGACGAAACCAUAUUCACCUCGCACAGGGCGUCCCUGGAUCCGGUGUCCUCAGCGGCAUGCGCAGGUCUUCACAAAUCCUCAUCUACAUCAACGUACAGAAAGCGAUCGAUGCCGGGAUCGAGUUCUUCCUGUCCGAAAACGGCGUCGUCUUGACCCCAGGGAAUGCGAAAGGGUACUUGGAACCAUCUUUCUUCAAGAAAGUGGAACGCAUCGAGGGCAAGAAUCGAGUUCCCUUGCCGGAGUGGGAUAGCCCGGAUCCGGAAUACGAUAAGCUACAGGAGGAGGCUGCAGUCACGGUCGAGGGAAUGACUGGAGGAAACCCGGACGCACUUGCAGUGCAGCCUUUACAAUCUGAGCAGGCACAGGAAGUCGUGAAGUCGGAGAAUUCAUUAGUGGAUCAAACCGAAAAGCUGUCUAUAUGA